AUGCCUGAAGACAAGAGCAAGAAUCCCGACGACCCCUACCACACGGAGCAGCCUCCGCUUAGCACAUACCCCAAGGAUGCUAUCCGCAACAAUGCCGAAGGAAACGACCUAGAUAAGGAGCUCAUUGAGCGAAUGAAGAUUCGCGAGCUUUGUGAGGGCUGNGGAGUCUACAGAGAUGCAGCAGAGUACAGCGUCCCACCCCAAACCAUAUCCGUAUAUAAUGCUCACACAUCACAGNNAUGGAAAAACUAUCGCUCAAUGUUCUUCGACGACGCCUACAUCGCCACUAGCUGGAAGCAAGGCAAUAUCGACGAGUUCAUCGAAGCCUCCAAAGCUGGAUUCGAAAAAGGCUCCAAAUUCAUGUAUAUCUUACAUCGCAUCAUCGGAUCUCAAGUCGACAUGAACCCCGACCUUACCCGUGCAGUCUGCAAGAUGAAGAUUACAAUAACUUGUCGCUUUACAUUUGAUGAUAUCGAGAUGGACAAUGACGCCGACUGCCGCUUCUUCUUCUUUGUCGAGAAGAGAGGAAACAGAUGGGGUGUCGUGUUCUACACGCUGCUGUUCGACAAGGACAAGUUCACGCCAGUAAACCCGGAGAGAAUCUACAGUAUUCCCGAGGAUGAGGUCAAGCAGUAUCCAAGUGGUUACAAGUACUUGGCUUGGGCUGAGAACAAGAUCAGCCAGCCGCCCAAGAUGAACUUGAAUGCACACGGCCCUGAGAAAGAUGUUUUGUAUGGCAAGAUGAAGGCUUGGUUGGAAAACAAGUCUAUCAGACCCGACUUGACCGGGGAAGAUGAUCCCAAUUGGAAGCCGUGA